AUGUCCAAUCCAUAUGGCGCUCUCCAAGGUCUCAUAGCCGUGAAUAAGCCCAAAGGAAAGUCUUCUGCCGAUGUUAUCCGUAUAGUUCAAAGAGUCUUCAGGAAGUCUCCCCACUUCUCUGAACCUCUCGAGUUAGAGCAGAUAGCGCGCAGUAAGGAGAGCGGAUACCAGAAGAAGAAGAGGAGAGGAAAGAGCGGACCGCCGGAUGUUAAAAUGGGACAUGGAGGAACCUUAGACCCCAUGGCCACUGGUGUUUUGGUACUGGGGGUAAACGGAGGCACAAAACAUCUCCAGCAUGCUCUCGACUGCCAGAAAUCUUAUGAAUGUGUUGCGCUUUUUGGGUGCAGCACCGACACAUAUGAUGCGGAGGGAAAGAUCAUGCGCCGUGCACCGUACAAGCACAUUAACAAAGAAGCUGUUGAAGGAGCGCUAAAGACCUUUUGUGGGGAUAUCAUGCAAAAACCACCAAUCUAUUCCGCCCUUCACCAAAAUGGCAUGCGAUUAUAUGAGUACGCCCGUAAGGGAAUACCCCUUCCAAUGGAAAUCAAAGCACGGCCUGUCGUUGCGCAUUCCAUUGAAUUGCUCGAUUUUAUCACCGAUCAUACCUGGGAAUUUCCUAAGGAAGAGUUGUCCGCAGAGGAUCAAGUCGUUGGGAAAGCUCUUGAAGAAAUGCAAGCAACAGCCCCAGAUGGUGUCAAAGUAGGCGAGAAAAGGCAUUCCAGAGAGGAAUCUCCCAAACCUUCAGCGAAAAAAAUAAAAUCAGAGGCUGCUAGUGAAGGGGGUACUGGAAAAUCUCCCGACAAGGCUCCUACCCUGGUAGAUCAGGUUGAAGAUGGAUCGAAACCAGCGGCCGUAUCAAUCCGUAUGACAGUCGGGUCAGGCUUCUAUGUCCGCUCACUAGUUUAUGAUCUUGGCAAAGCUCUUGGUUCUGCAGCACACAUGGUUAAGCUUGUCCGCACGCAUCAAGGCGACUUUAAGCUUGGGGAAAACGUGGUUGAGUGGGAAGACUUGAUGAAUGAAGAUAUCAGUGCCUGGGAAGAUAAAGUGGUGAACACAUUGAGAGCUUGGGAAGUAGCACAAGCUGGGGCCCCUAGUCAGAAGAAAAACCCGGGCAACACGAGGCCAACUACAACGGCACCCUCUGCGAAAGAGGAACCGAGUGUGCAUGAGAGACCAUCUGCGGUAAAGAAGGAAGAUACUAAAGUGACAAUCAAUGACCAAACUCGUGCCCCACCAAACGAGGAAAUAAUGGAGACUAGUGCCGCAGCGAGCUCCUCUUAA